AUGUCCUUCGCAAUGCAACUAGCUUCCCACCCCCGCGCCUCACUUCAGGCGACCGCUUGGCCAUACAAUGUCAGCCCCCCGGCGCGGCGACCGCGGUGGCCGCGCCACCGUUUCCGGGCCUCCGACCAAGAAGGGCUUUUGACCGCCCUGCGCGAGCAGAAGGACCCCGAGUCGGCGCUCCGGUUGCUGAACUCGGCACUCGCGCGGGACGACUUCGCUCCGAGCCGCGACGUCUAUGAGGAGAUCAUCGGAAAGCUCGGGACGGCAGGCGCUUUCGACCUGAUGAAAGUGCUCGUCAGGGAGAUGCGGCAGGAAGGACAUGAGGUUAGCGUGGGCGUGGUACAGUCAUUCGUAGAGAGCUAUGCACGGCUGCAGAUGUUUGAUGAUGCUGUCGACUUGGUUCUGAACCAGCUUGACAUGUUCGGUAUUCUGGCGAACACAGUGGUGUUCAAUCACCUUCUCGGUGUUCUUGCGGAGGGGAGUAAGAUUAAGCUCCUUGAAUCGGUGUAUGCAGAGAUGAGCAAUCGGGGUAUCAAACCUGACGUUGCCACUUUCAACACAGUGAUCAAUGCAUUGUGUCGAGUCCAUCAGGUUAGGACUGCAGUCUUGAUGAUGGAGGAGAUGUCUAGCCACGGUGUGGCACCUGACGAGGUGACGUUCACAACAUUGAUGCAAGGGUUUGUUGAGGAAGGGAGCAUCGAGGCGGCACUGAGGUUGAAGUCACGGAUGUCAGAAAUGGGAUGUUUACCGACAAGUGUAACAGUCAACUUGUUGAUUAACGGGUACUGCAAGCUGGGAAGAGUGGAGGAGGCUCUCGGUUAUAUACAGCAAGAAAUUGCAGAUGGUUUUGAACCUGAUCAGGUCACAUUCAAUACGUUCGUUAAUGGUUUGUGCCAAAACGGGCAUGUCAAUCAUGCCCUGAAAGUCAUGGAUUUGAUGCUUCAGGAGGGCAGUCUUCCAGAUGUUUUCACCUACAGUACCGUCGUAAACUGUUUGUGUGAAAAUGGGGAACUUGAAGAGGCUAAGGGAAUUAUAAAUCAGAUGGUGGAUAGCGGUUGUUUGCCUGACACUACCACCUUCAAUACUCUCAUUGUUGCCUUGUGCACAGAGAAUCGACUUGAGGAAGCCUUGGACCUUGCACGCGACCUUACGGUGAAGGGGGUCUCUCCAAAUGUUUAUACUUUCAAUAUUUUGAUAAAUGCUCUUUGCAAGGUUGGAGAUCCUCAUCUUGCUGUUCGAUUGUUUGAAGAGAUGAAGAGCAGCGGAUGCACCCCUGAUGAAGUUACAUACAAUAUAUUGAUUGACAACCUGUGCUCAUCGGGUAAGCUUGCUAAAGCUUUGGAUUUGUUGAACGAGAUGGAAGUUAGUGGUUGUCCACGCAGCACAGUGACAUAUAACACUAUAAUUGAUGGGUUAUGCAAGAAACUGAGAAUAGAGGAAGCAGAGGAGGUUUUUGAUCAAAUGGAUCUAACAGGUAUUGAAAGGGAUGCAAUCACAUUCAAUACGCUUGUUGAUGGCUUGUGCAGGGCCGAAAGGGUUGAUGAUGCAGCAGAACUUAUUGAACAAAUGACAAGUGAAGGGUUGCAGCCUAAUAAUAUCACUUACAACUCUAUUCUAACUCAUUACUGCAAGCAAGGAAACAUAAGUAAAGCUGCUGAUAUUUUACAAACUAUGACUGAAAAUGGAUUUGAAGCUGAUGCUGUUACAUACGGAACACUCAUUACUGGUCUAUGCAAGGCUCGUCGGACUCAAGCUGCUUUGAAGCUUCUUAGAGGCAUGCGAAUGAAAGGGAUGAGGCCAACUCCAAAAGCCUACAACCCUAUGAUUCAGUCUCUGUUUAGAGGAAAUAAUGGCAGGGAUGCUCUGAAUCUUUUCAGGGAGAUGACAGAAGUUGGUGAGCCUCCUGAUGCUUUGACGUAUAAAAUUGUUUUCCGUGGUCUCUGUCGUGGUGGAGGGCCAAUUAAAGAAGCUUUUGAUUUCUUGGUAGAGAUGGCAGAUAAGGGUUUCAUACCAGAGUUUUCAUCAUUCCAUAUGCUAGCUGAAGGUCUACUGAACCUGGGUAUGGAUGAUUACCUCGUAAGUGCUAUUGAACUAAUUGUAGAAAAGGCCAACUUCAGAGAGUCUGAUGUUUCUGCAAUAAGGGGAUAUCUCAGGAUCCGUAAGUUUUAUGACGCAUUAGCAACUUUUGGCCGUAUCCUGGAGAUCAACAACCCUCGGUGGACUUAUCGAUGAUCUGUCCAAAUACACGAGAAAGUAGUAUCUGGGAAAGUACUGAGUACAUGAAAAUUUUGCUGGUUAGUUCAUCAGGAUACAUAUCUUGAAUUAAUUAGAAAUAGAUGACUAUGCUUGUUACUUGGUGGGGUUGAAGUUAGUAUUUAAAGAUGUGUAUCUUCUCUUAGAAACUCGUGGGGAAUUAUUUAUCUUCAUUUCUGUUGUGAACUCUCUUUUUAAUCUUUCUAUUUUCGAGGUGCUAAUGUCAGAAUAUUUUGCUGCCUUCUCAA